AGUCUCCCAGGCGACACUGUCGCCAGUGUCGGUGUUGAAGGCUUUCAAAAAAUUGUGCGUGAUUUUUUCUUUGGGCUUUCUGUGGAGUGUCAUUACUUUAAGAACAUCACAGAUGCCACUAUUGUGUAUGCUUUAAACAUAAUCAUGGCUAAUAGACGAGGAAACAUCAGACUUGAUGAUAUUAUAGUGCCGUCAGUUUCAUUGAGAUGGCUUGUUGCUUCUAUCCUUUUCAUGUUUCUGGCUCCAGUGUUUCUUAUCUUCUUAGUGCUUCGAUGUGAAAAGAACCAGUGUAUGCUGUUGCAGCUGCCUAUGGUAAUUCCUACCCUGCCCAAUGUAUACUUUUCUAUGUUCAGUUUUUACGUAGUCAUUGGCUACAUCUUGAUAGUGCUCCUGCUUGCAAUAACACAUGUGCCUGCAGUCUCAUACACUGAAAAUCAAGCAUUUUCCAGCAUGGUAACCUGCAUUACUGUAUUGUUGGUAACAUACUAUUUAAAUCCAUCCUUGAUCAAAUUGUUACACAGUGAAUAUCUCCGCCUACUCUGUGUGACAACUGUUCUCUGCUACUUCUUGAGUUUUGUGUUCUAUAUUCUUGGACGUAUUGGCAUUUCUACGAAAGACAGAGAUUUCAGUUGGCCUGCAGCUAUUUUUUAUGGCAACACCAUCAGCAUAAAAAUCGGUGAUUUGGAUCUGAAAUACUUCUUCUAUGUCUAUGCAGGAAUGAUAGGAUGGGUAUUAUUGGAUAUGAUCAUCUUUCUAAAUAUGAUAAUGGAGCAUAAGUGGAACUCUUCUGUGAUUUUCUUAACUAUAACUCAGAGUAUUUUCAUUGCUUACACUUUGUAUAAUGAGCAAUUUAUGCAACGCAAACCAUUCGUGAAGUAUGUAGGUCUUGGAUUCCUCUGGCUGAUGCGUGUACUGAUGUUUCUCCCCUUUCUUCAUUCACUACCCGUAUAUUUUGCUGCCACUACAGAAAUACGCUUGCCAAAGCCAUUAAUCUUACUGGCUUAUAUCCUCUACUUGUUUGGCCUCAUAAUGUAUAUCAGUUGCACCCAACAGAAGGAAGGUUUCCAAAAUGAAAAACUUAUACAGAAAGCUAUAAGAACUGUUUCAGUUGGUGCUAGUUCUGGAAAGCGUUUUCUUGUAAGUGGCUAUUGGGGGAUUGUACAAAAACCAGAUUACGUUGCUUACAUGAUCAUUUGGUUUUCCUGGACAAUGGCUUGUGGUUUGAGCAACUUGUCAGUGAUCAUCCUCUUACUAAUGUAUGGUUCAGUCCUUGUCUGGCUGCAGCAGACUACUUACUAUAAGCAGCAUACAAUGGGAAACAACGUCUGGGAUAAAUAUGAGACUGCUGUGCCUAAGAAAUUAAUACCUUUUAUAUAUUGAUAUAUUUUUUUUUUCAAUUUGUCUUCAGUUCAGUGUGUUGUCAAUUCAGUGUGUCUUAAGUUAAUUUUUUUUUAAUUGUUAUAUGUACUUUUAAUUAAAUUUGUCUUCAAGGGAAUAUCGCUCGACACAUAUUUAAGGCAAAAUGUGUCUUCAAUUCCAUUAAGCUUUAUUUAAUUUUUUUAAAUGUUAAAAGUGCACUUAGUUAAAUGUGUUAUCAGUUCAGUGUGUCUUUAAGUCAAAUGUUGAAUGUGUUUUCAGUUAAAUGUGUCUUCUGUUAAAUGUGUCUUUAGUGGAACAUUGCUUGACACAUAUUCAAGCCAAAAUGAUUAAAAUAAUAUAAUAAAAAAACUGUGUACAUUCAAUAACUUUUGUCACCUUCAUGUAAUCUAAUUGAACCAAAACAUACUUUUAUUAUGAAUUGUACAAUUAAAGAAAAUAUGCAUCAUUAUAAAAUAAAAAUCAGCAAUAAAUAUUUUAUUAUCUUACACCAUAUACUGGACAAUAAAAUAGUUGAAACAUGUCAUAAAA